UGGCCAAAGUUUUUUUGUGGUGUUCAAAUGUCAAAAUAAAAGAAAUUGGUUGCAAUGAUUCUCAGACGUGCCGUUAUCUAACCUGCUUAAUCUAUAAGGAGACUCCACAUAGACAAUGUCUCAGCCCAUAAUUCACAUCAAAGACGCCGAGUUAGGCCAGCAAAUCAACGGUUCUAGCUGCUCUCUGCAAUUGCUGCACUUUUGAGAUACUACAGCCGCAACCCUCCGCAGUUCCGUGAUUCUGUUGCUUCGAUGAACAGCCAGUUGGAUUGCAGGAUGCACACUUGGUUGCUGGUACUUGUCAUUUUGGAAGCUGUCUCUCCUCUAUUGGCCUUUGAGGUGAUCUGCGAGCCAAAGUCCCUUGAAAAGCACGUUGGCUGUAAUAUAUCACUUAGAUGCUUCUGUAAAUGUGAGAGUAAAUGUGCUGCAGAAAGAAUCAUCUGGACAAAAGAUGGCCAUGUACUUCAGUCAUAUAUACCAACUAAAGAUCAAAAUAAUCAAACAGUGAAUGACCGAUUUCAAUUUAUGUACUAUAAUGUAGAAAAUGGGAACAUUUCUGUGGACAUUAAAAAUCUUCAGAAUUCAGAUGAAGGAACCUACACGUGUAUAAUUAUCAUCGAUGGAGCCUAUCGUCAGGGGACAAUAAAUCUGCAAGUGUCAGAUCCAGAAGAAAAACACAAAAAGGAUGAUACAGAACAAAUUGAUCCAAACCAGAAAUUUAACAUUAAUUUAAACAAUUCAUCUAAGCAUUAUGAUUUUGUGAAUCCAGAUGAAAAACAGGAAACUAAUUUUAGGUCACAUGGACUUGGUGUAGCAGGAGCAGCAGCACCCUUAGUUUUUGUCAUAACUGUGUUGUCCUUUGCACUUUGGAAGAAAAGAUUAGGAUCCAGUCACUGUCAAAAGAAAAAGAAAUCACCAUACACUGGUGAUGGAGAAGAGUCUAAUAGCUCUUCAGAUUCAGAUUCCUCUGACUCAGAAUUGAUAGAAAAAAGUGUAAAACAUGGUGGGACAAAGAAAAGUGUGAGGAAGGCCUCAACCUGCCGUCCAUUUAAGGGCAGGUCCAAAGCCCAUAUAAAUAGAAAGGAUUGUUCUCAAGAAUGGCACCCAACCAUAAAAGUCCUGCCGGAACCUAUAAAACAUCAACCCCAUAUAGAAGUGGGAAAAGAUGAAGAGAAAGAAGGUGAAGCUGGCCCCAUUCUUUCUGCGCCACACAGGUCUGCAUAAAACUAGAAGAUGAAUCCAAAAGAGCAUCUGACCAAAAGACAUUUACACUUGCUGUUACAAAGAACUAAGUAGUACAAGGUAUCAUGAGGCACAGCUGAGAGCUUCAAGUAAUUUUUUUGAAGAACUGGACAGUAGAAAAAGGAGGCAUGACCAAGAGCUGCAGAUCUUUGACUGUUAACAACAAGAAGACUUAAAGGCUUAACUUAUUCUGGAAUAUCAACAAACUUAGCUGCCAGAUUGGUUUGGUCAGGGCUUGGUACAGCCUGGCACAAAAAAGCCUGUAUUAUCAACUAUGUUGUCAAAUGGGUAGGCACAGUGUCAAUCACUAUACAGUGCAGGCUGACCCUAGCGCAACUGUAUUUUGGAAUGCAUUGUUAGAUUUGUAUAAUAUUAUCCAACCCCUAAUUCCUCAGAAAACAUGGUCAUUUUAGUAGGUUCUGCACUGUAAAAAAAAGAAAAUGUUAAAU